GAUAAAAAUUGAAGUUUCAGAAUUUUACCCAUUUUUUGUCGAAAAUUGUUACUAUACGUACUGUUUUGUAGUUAGUUACAUAACAAAAAUAUUACAAACCAUAAACAAAUGCACAAUCCAAUUACUAAUUCAAGAAAGUCUUAUUCAGUUUGAUUGGCGAUUCCCCUUCUUUUCAGCAUUCAAAAAUGAGUUCGGAAAAUGAAUGUAAACUUAAAGCUGGCCAUCCUCCUGCUGUUAAAGCAGGUAAAAUGAGGAUCACUCAACAUAAGCCUUCACAUGAAAGUACUACCUGUAGUGUCGUCGAAGAAAAUAUUCUAAAAGUGCCCACUGACUCACCGAAAUCCGCUUCUGUAUCUGGUGCUCCUGUUCACGGUCAUUCAGAUUAUACUGCCGAGGCCGUACAAAAAUUCCACGAGAAGCCGUUACCAACUCACUGUGCCAGAGGUUCUUCAGGUAUCAAACCAAAUAUCCAACAACCAAGAAAAUAGUAUCCAGAAGAGUGAUCUAUUGCAAACGUCUAUCUGAGGGUAUUAUUUGAUCCGAUUCUUUGAAAUAUUUUUAUCGAAAAUUCGAAAACAUUGUUUCUGUUUAUUAAUGUACAUUCCAUUGAAAUCACGAAUCAUCAAUUUUAUUUUUCAUAUAACUUUGAAAUUUAAUGCUGUGAUAAAAGACAGGUAGAAAAUAGUAUUACCUCGUAUUCAAUUUUCUCAAUUCCAUUUUUAAUCUUAUUUCUAUUAUUACAAAGAUACCCGAACGAAGUUUAAGCGUUGCAACAUACUUCGAUUAUUAUAGAAGUUCCGAUGAUUCUUUUCAUCUUUACAUUUUACGAUUACCUAUGAUAUUAUUAUUGUUUUUACUCUUUUUAGUUACAGAUGUUUAAUUACCGUUAUGUUUGUUUAGAAAAUAUGUUAUUUUUGAAAAUUCAUCAAACACAAGAUGAAUAAUGGUGGCAGUUAUGAUUAUUAAUUUAACCUCGUGAUUACAAACUAAUCCGCUUUUUUAUCAUUCGUAGGAACAUACUUACAACAUACAAAAAAUAACUAAUAAAAUAUUCCUUUAUUUUUAAUUUUAAAAAAUUUCGAAAAUCAAUCAACUUGAUCCACUACUACCUAUUUUAAAUUUUUAAAGUAAAACUAAGCAAGUUCAUCUUUCUUUUUUGAAAAUUGUAUUUACCACAAUUUUCGAAUUAUUUUGUAAUAAAAAAUGUAUUUUAA